CCUCCCGCAUCCUCCCUGCAUCUCCGUCUUGUCAUCAACCAGCAUCUCUCAUUCCAUCAUUUGCAUGAAGCGCGCUUCCACUCUUCACAUCAUCUGCUAAACCCAGCAAAGCCCUCACCAUCGCCUCGAGCCGACCACGACCGCGCUUCCGCCGGCUCAUCCGCCAUCAUGUCGGACAACAACGUUGACCUCGAUUCUCUGCUCGAUCUGUCCGCGUACGAUGGCAUGCCCAGCUUUGGCUCGCCCUCGCUGUCGCCAUCCAUGUCGCCGUCCUCCUCGUCCAAGCCCAUCUUCGCCAGCCCAGUCACUGCCGCCGUCACGACGCCCAGCGUGAUGACGACCCAGAGCCUGAGCGGGCCGAGCCACAACUACGACAUGUACCGCCAGCAGACGGGCUUCGUGCCUGGCGCCAUCGCCAAUACGAUGGCCGUCAACGAGUCGGGCAACCUCGGAUACCAAGAUUUCGGAAGCCUCGACUUCCUUACCAACGAAAGCGAAAUGUUCGACUUCAACGUGUCGCCCUCGCAGAGCACCAUGGGACCCUCGGAGGCGCUCGACUUUGCGUCGCCGCCCAACACCCAGCUCUUUGCGACCAUCAACCCCAGCAACAUUGAGCAGGGCUCAUCCAACGUCUCUCCCUCCUCCACGAGCCAAACGAGCACCGUCGGCCGUCUGUGGCCCGGCGCACACUCCCAGGCUGCCAUGGCGAAGGCCCAUGCCCAGCAGAGGCAGCAACAGCACAUGAUGCAGCAGCAGCAGGUGCAGCGCCAGCCCGGUCAGCCCGCCCAGCAGAAGCCUCGCGCAAAGGUGCCGCCAAAGACGGACCCCAUUGUCGAGCAGAAGAUCAGCCAGCUGCUUCAGAAGAUGCGGGCCCAGCCUGCGUCUCCGCCCUCCGACAGCUCCACGCCCUCGGCCCACCUGGCCAAGGCCAAGAAGGAUGAGGAAGAAAUGGACGAGGACGAGCGCCUCCUGGCUAGUGAGGAGGGCAAGAAGCUCAGCAGCAAGGAGCGCAGACAGCUUCGCAACAAGGUCUCAGCCCGAGCUUUCCGCUCAAGAAGAAAAGAAUACAUUACGCAGCUUGAAGCCGAAGUCUCCAGCAAAGUCACAGAAAACAAUGACCUGCGUGCGCAGAACCGUGCCCUCCUCGAGGAGAACGAGCGCCUGUCUGGCCUGACUCGCAUGCUUCUCGCGUCUCCUUCAUUCUCCAGCUUCCUGGACAAGCUGAGCUCAGAAUCAUCCGUGGCUGCCCAGCCGCAGGUCAAGGCGGAGCCGCAACAGUCACCAGAGCAGCGAGCUGUCAAGGACGUCAACCCGUUUGGCUCCCAGGCUUCUCAGCAGCAGAUUGGCAUGGCCAUGCUCCCUGAACAGAACCUCGACUUCUCCAUGUUCAAUGCCGUCGACCCGUUCUACCAGCCUCAGGUGUUCGUCGUCGAGACUACGGAGGUGCCCUCGUCUAUCGAGUCCUCCAUCCUGUCGGGCAAGACGUGCAGCUUUGUCGAGCAGGCCUUCCAGUCUGACGACGACAAGGUUGAGGUUCCCACCAUUGAGCGACCGGUCGAGAAGGCCCCUGUCGCCAAGGCGGAGUCUGCACCCGUCGACGAGGAGUUUGAGGCUGAUCCCGAGUUUGCCCUCUUCCACACCGAGUCUGCCUCAUCCUGCCCCAUAUCUAAUGACCUGGACACCGAAAGCCUCUCACAUGUCGACAUCUUUGGCGGUAUUGAGCCCGAGAAGAUGCUGUCAAGGAUCGAGCUCGUCAACGCUACCGAAGAGGAAUACACUGCCGCCUUCGCCAUGGCCCGCGUACAAAGCAUCAGCGCCAGCAUAGGGUCAGUAGUAUCAAGAUUAGAGCUCUUGACUAGGGACCUCUAAAGAGCAGACACCCGGCUACGGAAUGGCUCUUUAGAUCUGCGACUUUUGCUUUCAUUUGUAUCUUUCCUCGUGGCCCUCCUUUACAACAGC